AUGAUGCAAGGCAACUUCACAAAUACCCUCUCCAAGGACACAGCUAUCGACACCGCACAGUUCGGCCCUGCCCUCUACUCUCCCUUCUCGUACACCUUACCCUUGGGCGAGCCCACAAUGAUCAAGCAAGCUGCGCCGCAGCAUCCGCACGGACUCACCAAACUACAGCAUCGCCUCCUCUACGAAUCCGACUCGGAUGGCUCGUUCGAUUUUUCUUUCAGUUCGCCGUCCAGCGUGGGCUCUACCUCGGAAUACAGCGAUGUUGGCUACCAGUCGUCGACAAGGUCGCGGAAUCGCAGCUCGGGGCUGUCGCGCCAGGGCGGCGGUUCGCACGGUCCUGGAUCGCGUUCCGGAUCCAUCUCUUCGGUGCUCGGAUCUUCGAUUGCGAUACAGAGGGUGAUGAUGGGAACAAAUCCUUCCUCGAGAGGUUCGCAGCGUCAAUCGGUACGAGCCAUAGCCAGCGCUUUCGAGGCAGUAAGCGCAACAAGCACCGUGCGAGCUCCUGCUCUGAAGACGGGUAGUCAACUUGGCCGCGUCGACGAGCAGAGCGUGCCGAGUCGCAACGUUCAAGCAUCGAAGGAGGACCAAUUGCGGUCUGCAUCCCAAUCCAGCAGCUCGCUCUUUUCUCGAUCGCAGGAUUCGUCUAUGAGCCGUGCUGCUGAGGCCAAUGGCACGGGUCCUGCCAGACUCAAAAUCUCAAAGCAGUCGUUCCAGGGUCCCAAGUCAGCGCCUGCCGCCACAACAACUCAGUCAUCGCAACGAGCCACUUCACCCACAGACGCGAGGAGCGACUCCACCCGAGCGGAACCACAUUUCGUCUUCCCACCUCGAAUUGGGAAUUCGAACCGACGGCCGCACGACGACAACGCCCGCGCGCAAGUGCGCAGCUUCGUCAGCCUCGACGGCCAACCAGAUGACGACGAGCCUGCAUUCGACAUCGUCCUGUCGCCAUCGCACAAGCGAAGCGUCGUCCUGCCGUUCGGCGUGGCUGCACUCAGGCAGCACCUACACGACACGCCGCGCGCCUCGUCGUCUCGAAGUCCAUCGACGUUCGGCUCGCCUCCACUGCCAUCCUCGCGAUCCGCGGCGUCACGCGACUCUAUGGAGUCUUCGUACUCGCUUGAUUCGCUUAGUGGCCAUCCGUUCUCGCUGCAGCUGGCUGGCGAAGAUGAACUCGAGUUAAGAGGCAGUUUGGCUGCAUCGAUCCAUGAUGCGUACGAUAGCGACAAGGUGGCAGUCGUCUUGAGCGGCGGCGGCGGCGACGAGUUCAUCACCCAAGAUGAAACUUCACACCAGCAUUCGCACUUGCAACCCUCCACGCUUGCGGCGGAUGCCGCUGUCGCUUCGGCUCGCGGCUCGACGCUGCAACCCCUGCUUCUAUCCACGUCGCGGCCAUCAUCCUCGUCGUCGUCGUCGACGACGACCUUGACGCCGCGUGCUCCCCCAGCUGCCGCAGCUGCCUCGAUGAGGGUGAACGAGGACACGUGUUUCCCACUCCCGCCUUUUGCCGACAUGGCCAAGGCGACAGGGAAAGGGCCGGUGUCUUUCGCUGCGCCUGUUGACGGCAAAGCCGCCUUCGAGCCGCGCGGUCUCACGCUCGGAGCGACACCCAAGCACGCUGCAGACCCGGCCGCUGUGGCAGAGCUCAAGCAGCAGGCGGCCGAGCUGCUCGCAUCCAUCCGCUCGCUCAGCGACCAACUCGAAACCUCGAUCCCCGCUACACACCGGCUUCCGGGUAGCGCGUACAGGCCUGCCUCCGCCCUCGGCGACUCUGCAACCAGCUCAGCCACCACCAGCAACGGAGGCGCAAGCACAGCGUCGUUCGUAGCCGUCGACGAAUCCUACUCGGACGUGUGGAGACUCAUGGAUGCGUGGUAUUGGUCCACGUUUGAGGUUGGCCCGAGGUCGCCGUCGAUGCUGUAG